AUGGCGGUCGUCCUGGAUGCCUUGGCACCCUACAUGAAGAAGUUGAUCGCUGACAUGGCUGAAGAAGAGGUGCGUGUGCUGUUGGACAUCUCCGGCGAGAUCAAGAAGCUGGAGGGAAACAUGGAAAGCCUCAAGGACUUCCUUGCUGAUGCUGAGAGGAGGCGCAUCACCGACCAGAGCGUGCAAGGAUGGGUGGGGAAGCUCAAGGACACCAUGUACGACACCACAGACAUCCUAGACCUGUGUCAACUCGAGGCGAACAAGAGAAGGGAGUCUAAUUGCGGCAGCAUGGAGGAGAAGGUGCCUGGUUGCUUCAAGCCAUUGCUCUUCUGCCUGUGGAAUCCUGUGUUCGCACACAAGAUUGCCCACUAA